UUUAUCUUAUUGGGCAUCUACUAUAUAUUACAUCCCAAACUUAACAAUCUCCUUAAUUUGGUCCAGUGCAUUAUAAACACUUAGGAUAGCAAGACAAGAAGCCCACAUGAACAUUUCGAAUUAAGGCUUAAAUUGAAGGAUUAAAGAUUUGUAAAAUUAGAUAAGUUGGAGUAUUUGAUGUGUAGGGUAAGAUGAAAUAAAAUGUUUUUAUUUCAAAUUCAAUCAAAUCACACAAUCCUUCUUAAAAUUAUAAAGGAUUGUUUGUUGUAUAUAGCACAUGAUAAUCAUAGUUAUCAUAACUUAUUUUUAUUUCGUCACCUGUCCACAAAGUUGUAAAAUAUACAUCAAUUAGCAAUAAUUUAUAGGCAUUUGGAGCAGAGGGAGUCAAGGAUGUUAAGUUUUAUAUUACAGACAUUUAGGAAUCGUUUAAUACAAUAGCUGUUUAUGGUGAGCUUGAACAAUUAACAAAAACAGCUGAACUUCCUGUCAAAAACUCUUUAAAACCAUAAAUGCAAUUAACAUUAAGACAAUUUAUAUUCCUAGCCUCAUGAAUUCCAUUAUAGAUGGUAUUCCACUAUGAAUUAAGUUAACAAUUCAUAAUUGUUAAGCAUGAAUAAAAAAGGAAAAUCAUAAUUAAUUUAUCCAUUAAAAAUAUUAUUAAGAUUAUAUCAAGUGAAUUAAUCUAGAGCUUAAGAUUAUUUUAUUAAGUUUGAGACAUAAUUUGAUGGAGAAUAUUUCAAACUUCUAUAAAUUUUCUAAAUUGUUGUAAUUAACUGA